AUGGUAACUGUAAAAGAUGGGAAAGGGUUUGGCGAAAGUGGGCACAACACUCUUAUAAUAACGGGCCUGGAUAAUUUGGUUACCCCUUGCAACAUAGUGAAAAAAGAGGCCACCGUUAUUGAUACCGGAACGCAACGCCCAUGUUCUGCUUUUGUGUUCAAUGGCCUCUUCUCUCACGUCCCGGAACCGGAAACCACUACAGAAGUACUGGGAAGCACACUCGCUGUAGAAUACGUCACCUCCUACUCAAGAAUUGAAAAGAACGGAACCUGCGGGUUUGGGAGCACGGUGUACUCGACGACCUACUCGACUUCUAUUAGUGUGAAUCCGUCUAGCCAUAUCUCCUCCAGUGUGAGCUUGUCUGUGUCCCAUUCUUUCCGCACCUCGUUGGUGAGUAGUACCAGUGUUGCUUCUUCGAGACGCCACUCAUCCAGCAGGGGUGUUUCAAGUACACCUUCAGUGUCCGGUUCUUCUCGUAGUUCCGCGAAUGGUGAGUCUGUUAGAUCGUCUAACCCUGUGACCUUGUCGGUGGUACCUCUUUCACCUCCAGUUCCACUAAGUUGGGACACAGAUCGGGGUACAGUAACAGUACCGUUUCUGCAUCAGCUGGAAGAGUCACUCCAACUGAGAAAUCAAAAACGGAAACAGGGAAACCAUUCGACAGAUCGCAAACAGACGCACUGUUUAAGACGACUACGGGUACCCUCAAGAACACCAAAGUGA